CAGUGCCCUGUCGGGAGCUUCAGCACAGGCGGCGGGGACGCGAGGUGCUGUGGGGAGAGGCGGCCACACACGAGCUAAUCCCGCCAGCGGAUCGGCCGCGCCCCGCCCCGCCCCGGCUCAGAGCCCCGCGUUCCCUGCUCGCCCUCAGCCGAUCGCCAGCGCCGCAGGGGGAGGAGCGCAUCAUCCCGCACCCGGCCAGCCUUCACCCCGGCCUGCCGGCGCCAUGGGCUGCAGAGGAGGCUUCGCUGUCCUGCUGCUGGCGGUGCACGUCAUUUCCCUCCCGGUCACCAAUCCAAUGAAUAAAGGGGAUGCUAAGGUGAUGAAGUGCAUUGUAGAAGUCAUUUCUGAUACUCUGUCAAAGCCAAGCCCGCUGCCAAUCAGCCAGGAAUGCCUAGAAACUCUCAGAGGAGAUGAAAGGAUCAUUUCAAUCCUUCGUCAUCAAAAUUUACUGAAGGAGCUUCAAGAACUUGCGGUUCAAGGGGCUAAUGAAAGAACCUGGCAGCAGAAGAAAAACGGUGGCUUUGAAGAUGAACUUUCAGAAGUCCUUGAAAGCCAGAAUGACAAGAACAUGCAAAGAGAUAACUCAAGGGAAAUUGCUGCGGAGGAGCCCACAGCCUCAUUUGCUGAGCUAGCAGCAGAGAGAAGCCAGCAGAACAGUGAUAGGGAGGAGUCCAAGGAGGAUGAGAAAAACAGCCUGGAAGAGAGGGAGCUAAGACUGCAUGAAGCUGGCCCUGAAGACGACAAGGAGAAUGCAGAGGAAUCUGACAGCAGCGAGGUCAGUGAGGCUGAAGAAUCGCCAAGAGAAGAUGCUUUAGACAACCACAUCAAUGACGACCUCCGAGAGGAUGAGCUGGCCGAGCACAAGCUCCAAGAGGCUGAAGAGGAGCAGCCUGAAGAGACCAACAGAAGCCAGGAGCUUCAGGGAGAGAAGAAGCAUAUUUCCAAACAGGGCCAGGAAGAGAGCCAAGAAGCAGGAGAGGAGACCCUACAAGAGCAUACUGAGGAAGAGGAUGCUGGGAGAAGCACCCUGGAAGAUGAGCAGCCUACAGAAGCAGACAGGAUACUUGGCUCAGCUGAGGAUGAGACAGAGGAGACUCCAAGCGAUGCUUCAGAUAACAAAGAUGCUUUGGGCUUUGGCCAAGGUUUGAAGAACUCGGAAGAGGAAGAGAAAUCCCAUGGACUAAAAGGAGGAAGGCAUCGGUCAGAGGAUGAAGCAAUGCAGGCACAGGACACCUUCCACCCUAGGGAUGUCAAAAGCAAGGAAGUGGAGGAGGAGCCCUCCAGAGAGUGGGAAGACUCCAAGAGAUGGAACAAAAUGGAUGAGCUGGCCAAGCAGCUGACAUCCAAGAAGCGCAUGGAGGAAAACGACAGCAGCGAAGAACCAGAUAGGUCCAUGAAAAUGUCCUUCAGGUCCCACAAGUAUGACUUCCAUAACCCAGAAGAGGAUAUGAGAAGGUCAUGGAAACAUCACGCUAAGGAGGACAGCAGCGACGCAGGGUUUCCGCUUGCUGCCAUGCCUGAAGAAAAGAAGGAUGAAGAAGGAAGCGCUAACAGAAGAACAGAGGUCCUAAAUGCACAACUAGGCAUGGCAACUGCUCUGCUUCUACAAACACAGGAUCAGGAGUUGGAAAGCCUGGCAGCAAUAGAAGCCGAACUGGAGAAAGUCGCCCACAAGCUCCAUGAAUUGAGGCGGGGCUGAAGUUCCCCCUACGCAUAAAACAUGAGCAAAAGCCAGAAAUUAACUCAUCCUUUUACACUGCAUCUUAAGUUACUGAUUCAAAAAGUAAAAAAAAAAAUAAAGACGGAGCAGAAGCAUUUCAUCCAGGAAGCCAAAAUUGCUAGGAAAUGACAGGCUUGCCCUCUUUGCAGUAAUAUUACACUCAUCGUCGGCUUCUUCCUUGAUUUUGUGCUCCCUUAGCCACUAUGGUUCUCUCUUGUACCCUUUGGAUAAUUGUAUCCCGAGCAGUGUGACUUACUCAUGUACUUUGUUUGUUUGGGUUUUUCUUUUUCUCUUUUUUAAAGACAGCUUUCUAGAAUGUUUUACUUCUACCGUUAGAUUCACUGGAUAAAAUUGCAAUAACUUCUCUUUUGAUUAAAAGCUGAGAACUCUGACUGUAAUAUAUUCUAUAUAAAAAUUUAUCUAAGGAAAAAUAAAA